AAAGUACAAGAAUCUUCCUUUCAAUGGUUUAAAUACCCAGUCUAUCCUUUCUCACGCAUCAAGAAAUACAAGAAGCGAAGCAAGAGAAAGGGAAAUACAAGAAGUUGACUCCGAUUCUCAAAAUCCCAAGCAACUUAGAACCAAUUCCAAGAAAUUGAGAAAGAAAAUGUCUCUGAUCCCAAGUUUCUUCGGGAACCGACGAGGCAACAAUUUCGAUCCAUUCUCUGUCGAUGUAUGGGAUCCCUUCAAGAAUUUUCCAUCACUUUCCCAAGAAAACUCCGCCUUCGUCAGCACUCGUGUUGACUGGAAAGAGACCCCGGAAGCCCAUGUGUUCAAGGCUGACCUUCCUGGACUGAAGAAAGAGGAAGUGAAAGUGGAGAUCGAAGAUGACAGGGUGCUUCGAAUCAGCGGGGAGAGGAAUGUUGAGAAGGAAGAGAAGAAUGAUACGUGGCAUCGCGUGGAGCGGAGCUGUGGCAAGUUCUCGAGGAGGUUUAGGUUGCCUGAGAAUGUGAAGAUGGAUCAAAUUUACGCUUCUAUGGAAAAUGGGGUUCUCACCGUAACUAUUCCCAAGGCGGAAUUGAAGAAGCCUGAUAUCAAGACUAUUCAGAUUUCUGGUUGAAGUUUGAGGUUCUGAACAUGAGAAAAUCCUUGCAAUAGUAAUGUUUUAAGGGAUUAUCGUGAGUUAAAUUGGUGUUCGCUGUUAAUAUUGGAAGUUGUCUCAGUCGAUUACGUAAUUACAAUGUGGGUUUUUUUUUUUUCUUGCUAGUAUUACGAUGUGGUUAAAAUGCUGUAAGAAUGUAAUCUGGUAAUGAAAUUAUGAGUUGUUCUUAAUUGUGUGAUCAGCCUACCUAUCUUUUCGUUGA